CAGAUCUGUCUCGCUGCUGCCUAGAGACUCGGACAGGUGACAAUCCACCCCCCACCACGUCUAAGCGAGCGACAGAUGUAGGCGAUUGGCUCACACCAAUCGCGUUACACUGGGAUGUUGCACAAAAGAGGGGUAGUAAGCAGGGGAGCUCAAGGCAACCACUCUAAAGCGGGGCUACGUCGAAAGGCUUGCGGCUCUUCCGGUCUUACCAACAGCUCAGAGACACAUUUAAGGCUUGUCUCAUCAAUCCAUUUCUCGUCUACAACACAGCCAGCGGGUCCUGUUACUGCAAUUUAUUUUUCCGUUUGCCAGCUCAAAUACCGCUAUCAUCCCCCAGAGGAUCAUCAAGUCCAGUGGAUCCUUAUCUAAUGUCUUGGAACAGAUAUACAAGCGACAAGGUAGGAGGAGAAAUAAGAAAAGCCAUUGAAACUCGUGAUAAAGCAGCAGUCCAGAAGCUACUCGAUCAAGGGCUAGAUCCAAAUACGACAUGGGAUGACAAUGUCAGCCAUCGGAAUGGAACAGGAUGUGUUUCCGGUUCGAAAGAACCAGCGGGCGAAACAUUUGGCGGACGACCCCUCCAUGAGGCUUGCCUUCUUGCGGAUACGGAAAUCGCGGAGCUGCUUAUCGACUUUGGUGCCGAUGUGAACUCUACCAAUUCGCUUGGCCGAACACCGCUGCAUCAAGCUGCAGAUGCAAACAAUACCGAGAUUGCGACUCUCUUGAUUCGUCGCGGCGCCAAGCUGGACGCUCAGUGCCAUCAGAGCAACAUGAACAACCACGGAUCUCUCAAAAUGGGCCUAGCGAGUCCAUUGCACCGAGCAGCAGCUCGUAAAAACAUUGAAGUCGCUCGCGUUCUGCUACAGGGUGGUGCCUCAACAGAUGUAUUGAAUCAAGAUGGCCAUACGGCUCUGGAUGUUGCGGUUUGUUACAACAGCAUCGAUAUGAUACGGGAGCUUCUCAUAGGUAGCUCUUUUUUGGAGAAAACAUCAAAAACUUUACAAGCCAUCCUGUACCAGGCUGUCCUAAGAGGUGAUGAGGAGAUGGCCAAGGCUGUCGCUGGAGCAUCGACCGCAGAGUGCCAAAAGAGUCCUUCUGCACAUGGGCUGGAAUCUUUCGCCGACGACUUGCAACCGACCUAUCUGUCACUCGUUGCAUCUCUAGGCAAGUCGGCUCAAAAAGAACAUGAAAGUUUAGAGAAGAUGGAAUCGGCGGAAGACGUCCGAAAGAGGCUAUACCGUUGCCUUACGGAACAUUUGAAUUGUGUCCGAAAUGGCAGUCAGUGCGUCCGCCUUCCUACAAGAGUUAUCGAUGUCGGAAAAGAAGGUGACAAUCCCUUCCUCCACGAGUCAGAGGAACAUGAAAAGGCACCAUAUUGUGCCCUAUCUUAUGGAUGGCACAAAAGCUCGAAUGCUUUCAUCACCAAUCUAGACAACUUGGAAUCCAGAAAAAUAGGUAUCCCAAUGAGCCAAUUGCCGAAGACCUUGAGCGAGGCCAUUUUGUUUACACGUAGGCUGGGUAUCCAAUAUAUCUGGAUCAAUGCUUUAUGCAUAAUCCAAGAUUCCCCUGACGACUGGGCACGGGAAGCUAGCAAUAUGGCUCAGGUCUACAGUGGAGCUAUACUCACCCUCACCGCGGCCCACGCGCAAAAUGAUACGGUCGGACUGUUUUCAGAGCCAGACGAAACCUCUAACUCUUGUUCGGCACGGAGUUGCUUGGACAAGCGAGGCUGGGCUUUGCAAGAGCAGCUUUUAUCGGCCAGGACAAUUGGAUUUUCUUCUCGAUACACCUCCUGGAACUGCCUCAGUGGCAUACCUAGCCCAUGGAACGACAAUCAUCUCUUGCUAAAGUCCGCGCUCCGGAACAAUAUAUUUGUCACUCCAAGUGCGAUAUCCUCCUACCUGCCGUUAGAUUGGAGGUUUCGAUGUUGGGCGCGCAUGAUCGAAGACUACUCCAGGCGGUCUUUUAUAAAUGACGGUGACAGGAUGCUUGCUCUUUCCGGUAUCUGCACAAAAUUCCAGGAAACUGUUGGUGAGGAUGUAGUAACCGGUAUUUGGGCCGGGAGUCAUCUUGCUCAGAGCCUUUUAUGGACUACCGACCAAUAUGAAGACAGAAGAGAACCAGAUGAAAUGCGCAAAUCUCCACGCAUUCCAAGUUGGAGUUGGACAUCUGUACAGUGUCCGGUCUUUUACCAUUAUCCAAUUUUCGAAGACAAAUUCUCCAAGGAAAUAGAAGUCCUCUCUGUGACCUCCGAAACAAACAACUUAACUAUCACCCUUCGCACGUUGGUAAUAGAAGUCCGUCCUGGAAGUAAAGUGAAAUGGAAAGGAACCUGCAAUUUUGAUCGCCCAGAACCUUUCACCAGAGAAAACAUUGGCUACCAGCCUGCCCGCGGCUGGCUGAAGGCUUACAGGAAAGCCACAUGCUUUUCUGAGCAACGUCAUACUCUUCGCUUGCUCGCUUACCCUACGGAGGCUUCCGUGUAUUCUUUCGACAGUGAUGCAGUCGCCAAAAGCGAUGGCCAAGCAGGAUUUUGGCUGGUGCUAGUUGGAAAACUGGCACAUGGUGAUCCUUUGGACGGGUACGGUUAUCCGGCGUAUCCUAACGGUCGACCUCCGAGCCUUCAGUGCCUUGCAUGUAGGCCAGUACAUCCCGGAAGUAAUGAGUACCGGCGAAUCGGCGUUGUUGAGGUUUGGGAUACUGAUUUGUUUACGAAAAGGCCAGCUAGUUCUCUGUUUAUGAGAAGAGCAUCCAGGGCAACUAUUCGUCUUGUGUAAAUUUUAUCUCAUGGCUUUUAAGUUUUGGGAUGCCUUUGUCGUCAUGUCUGUUAGCUUAGGAGUUUGCAUUGAUUUAUUUGAACAUGAACGGUUGUACACUACGUAACUACGAAAAAAUACGUUGGACAGUGGA